UUUACACUGCAAGAUGGAUCGGUGACAGAGGAUUUCACACUGCAUGACUUUAAAAGGAGCAUCGCCGACAACUUUGUCUCGGUGCGGAAAUACAACCAAACACACGCGAGAAGUGACACGUAAACAACGCAAGGUCACGCGUGCAACACUGGAGUUGUCACGUGAGAGUGGAUUAGUUGUUUAAAAAAAAAUGGUAGCCCGCAAGAAACUUGCCAUGCAAAUUGCAGUUGCACUCAUUUGCAGCGAAAAGAAGAAGCAAGAUAAGGCAGACGCGAGGAGUAAGGAUUAUGUGUUCUGCAAAGAGAGUUGGAGGUAAAUCAUUUUGCAAUGUUCUGCUGAUGCGACUGGUCAUUCAAAUGUUUGUACUUCGUUCCUGUUUUAUAUAAUUGGGAAGUUUGUUUUUUAUUUUUUCCUGAUUAAAAUUGUGCUUGCCAUACAAAUAGAUGGAUGAUCAAACUGGGUUCAGGAAGCUGCUGCGGAUGACGGCAGAGGAGUUCGAAAUCCUACUUGGGAUGGUCGGACCUCUCAUAACCAAGCAGCACACGCAAAUGAGACGAUCAAUCUCUCCAAGAGAGCGCCUAGCUGUGACCAUGCGGUUUUUGCCGACAGGUGGGUUUGCCAGAGCAAUAAUUAAUUCAGAAGUUGUAUUUGUUUUUGUAUAAAUUGCUUUAUAUUCUGUAAAGUACUUGUGCAGGUGAAACGUUCACUUCCCUCAGUUUCCAGUAUAGGGUUGGGGUCAGCACUAUUUCUGGGAUCGUUAUGGAAACCUGGGCUGCUCUCUACAAGGUCAUGAAAAAAGACUUCCUCAAGACACCAUCAACAGAAGCAGAAUGGAGGGAAAUAGCCCAUGAGUUUCAAUCUAAAUGGCAAUUCCCACAUUGCCUAGGUGCACUUGAUGGAAAACACAUCCGUAUACAGCCUCCUGCAAAAAGUGGCAGCCUCUACCAUAAUUACAAAUCCAGCUUCUCUGUGAUAAUGAUGGCUGUUGUGGAUGCCAAUUACAAGUUCAUAUAUGCCAGUGUGGGUACCCAAGGUAGAGUUUCUGAUGCUGGACUAUUCGCUCAGUCAGACUUGCGCCAAGCAAUGGAUCAGGGCCAGCUGAACUUUCCUCCACCCGAACCAUUGCCCAGCAGUGACAUAAUAAUGCCAUACAUGUUUGUGGGUGAUGAGGCAUAUCCUUUAAGGCCUGAUCUUAUGAAGCCGUAUCCUUACAGACAAAUGGACCACAGUCAACGAAUCCUGAACUAUCGCCUGUCAAGAGCACGACGAGUGGUAGAAAAUGCAUUCGGCAUUCUUGCCAACAGGCUACGAGUUUUUAGGAGCACCAUAUGCUUGGAGCCAGACAAGGUAGUUAAAAUAACUAUGGCCUCCCUAUGCAUCCAUAACUUCCUCCGUGAGCGGAGAUCUGAGGCCUACACACCUCCAGCCUUUGCAGACUGGGAGAACAAUGACCACAGCAUAGUUGAAGGAAACUGGAGGAUUCAAGGAACAGGGUCAUUCCAAUCAGUGGAUCAUAGAGGGCAACGCAAUGCAUCUGUUGUGGCAAAAAUGCAACGAAACCUUCUAUGUGACUACUUCGUCUCACCGGCAGGUUGUGUUCCUUGGCAGGAGAAACACAUUUAAUAUUGAUUCUUCUGUCCGAUUUAUUUUUAAGAAAAGUGCCUUUCAUAAAAAAGGUGCUUCUGGCCGCCGCCGCCUGAGCUUCCCGAUUGGUCGCCGCCGCCGCCGCCUGAGCUUCCCGAGUGGUCGCCGCCGCCGUCUGAGAUUCCCGAGUCGUCGCCGCCGCCGCCUGAGCUUCCCAAGUGUCCGCCACUGCUUGAGCUACCCAAACGGUCACGACUCCUCGCCCAGCUGGCGCCAUCCAGACAGCUCACCCAGCCGGCGUCAUCCAGACUCCUCGCCCUGCCGGCUCCCUUCAAGCCUCCAACCCUGCCGGCUCCUCGCAGUACUCCAGGUCCUUCGCUGCCACACGAUCCAGGACCACUGAAGCUCCACUCUCCGGGUCUUCCGCAGCUCCAGUCUCCAGGCCCUCCGCAGCUCCACGCCCCAGGUACGCCCCAGCUGCAUGGUCCUGGCCCUCCAUCCCUCCCCCUGUUCCGCCUCCGCUCCGCCUCCCACCUGAACAGUAGUGGAGUGUCUGGAAUCCACUCCUAGAGGGGGGGCUAUGUCACAACCAGCGAUCGCUCCCCAGAGGAUCGCUGGUUCUCACACGAACUCAGGACUUCAUUUCCGCAUUCCUCAGGACUACACAUUUAUACAUGCACUGCUCCCAAACACGCACGCCUGCUCACUCAUGUAUCCUGAUUGCAAGCACCAGCUGAGCCUUGUUCACAG